AUGCCAUCUCCAAUCCUGCCCAUAUCAAACCACCCUUCCUCCUCUGCACCACCACCCAAAACGGUGGUCAAAGUUAAGAUCGAUGUUGUCCCAUCGACAACCCUCCGCAUCUCCUCCCAAUUCGAACCUGACAAGGCCAUUACGCCUCUCCUACAUAGAGUUUCCAGUUACAAUUCAACAAGCGGCCUUAACAACAACUCUAAUUCUCCCCGCCAGUCUAUUAGCCGGGAAGUGGGCCUUGCUGCUGCCGAUACCUUUCUCCUUUCUCGAUUAUGUGUGAAGCUUUUCUGCUAUCUCGUACAGGUCUGUAGGAACAUAAUAUAUGGUGAAAAUCCUAGAAAUAGGCUUGAUCUUUAUUUGCCUAAAAGCAACCAUUGUACUAAACCAGUGGUAGCUUUUAUAACUGGUGGGGCUUGGAUUAUUGGUUAUAAAGUAUGGGGUUCUCUUUUAGGUCAACAGUUAUCAGAAAGUGACAUCAUAGUGGCAUGCAUAGACUACAGAAAUUUUCCACAGGGCACAAUAAGUGCCAUGGUGGAAGAUGCUUCUCAAGGCAUCUCAUUCGUUGAAUAUGGAGGUGAUCCCAACAGGAUUUAUCUUAUGGCAGCUUGCGCACUUAUAAACCAGGCAAUCAAAGAAGCUAGCUAA